AUGCGGUGCGAAGCCCAGCAUUUUGGAGUAACUAUUCAUAGUGCAUUCGGGAUUGGCACUCAGUCUAACAGCUUAAAUGAUCAUUUGUCUUGUGAUAAACUAAAUAGCUAUCGAUGUAAAUUACAUUCUCUCAAAUUACUAUUUGUUGAUGAGGUUUCUCUCAUACAAGCAAAUCUAUGGGGUGCUAUGCACUCUCGUCUUACUCAAAUUAUGGAUAUACAUUCAAAUACAGCUAUUUUUGGUAAUAUUGGAAUAAUUGCUAUUGGUGACUUUUAUCAAUGCUCACCUGUAGCAUCUUCAAGUAUUUAUUCUUCUUUACUAUGGUCUGAUCAUUUUCGAAUACGAUUAAGCAUUU